AUGGCAUCUCGCGACAAGAAGACGUCGUUUGCCACGCGCUCCGAGCGUGCCCUGGUGCUCAGCAUUGUUCACGAGGACUUUGGCCAUGUAGCAGAGCAAGUGGCCGAGACGUUACUGCGCUCUGAAGGGCUGCGGCUUUCCGAGAUCGUUUACAAACUGCAACGUCGUAUGACGUCGUCGUCGUCGGCGUCGAUUUCCGUGCAUGAGAUCAAAUGUGCAUUGCUUAAGUUGCUGCAACACAAUGUACUGGAUGUAACACCUGUUAUUGUUCGAGGAAGUGGUCCGACGGUCGCGUACAAUAUUAAUGUACAGGAAGCUCUGUAUCGUUUACGGUUCCCUAAGUUUGUCGAGCAGGCCAAAAAAGCUUUUGGAGUGGAGGGUGAAGUGAUUAUGGAGGAGAUUUUAGUACAAGGUCGUGUACGGAUGGACCAUUCACUAGAGACGAUGGCUUAUAACUUGGCAGAACAGCGUCGUCAAAGUCAAAAUGAAAAAGCAGUCGAAAAUAAGACAGUAGUGACGGAGGAAGAAGAGAUUAGUGAGGAAGAGCUGGAAGAGUGUCGUCAUUUAGUACGGGAGGUCUUUGUGGAGAUGGCCAAAAAACGCUUUAUCUCACGAGUGCACCCUCUGGACCUGAAGGUGGCAGUAUCUGAAGAGGCCCCGGAAUUCCCUGCGAGUAUCAUGCGUGGACAGGAUACUGCGACCAACUCGAGCGGCAAUUCGGUGGCCGGUAAUGCUGCUGCUAGCAUUUCUGAUGUGAAUACUGCAAACAAAAAUGAUAAAGCUGCUGACGACGAUGGAAUCACCGUACGUGAUAAGAAGCGGAAGGCUCCAUCACAGGCGGCAGGGAAUGCUAUCCCGGUAGAACUGCAGAUGAUGCUGGACGCGGAUGAGGCAGCUCGAAAUGAAAAGAGCGACUCGGAAGCUGAGUGGGAACCUAGCUCAUCGUCUACGUCCUCGAGUCGUGGAUUCAAGCGCAAGAAAAAGGCGAAGCGUGCCAAACUGCCUACGCGAGGCACAUCGUCUGGAGAUGCUGCCACUGGUGGUGAGACCAGCGGUGAAGACGCACCUAAUGGGACUCACACAGAUGAACGCUCACUAGUGUGGCGAUUUGGUGUCACGCAGUUGCUGCGUGACCUGCGACACAAGGCGUGCGUUAGAUUUGCGACGGAGAAUAUCAAUGCUGUAGCCGGCGUUAUUGUGGCCGCCAUGCUUCAGCACUCUGCCCCUCAUGAACGCGAAAAGGACGAGCCGACUUCGUCUCCGGUGUCGGCACGCGAUCUAUUUGACAUGGAAAGUGUGAAGAAAGCGCUCCCUCCUGAGGCAAACAAUCCGUGGCGGUUGUUGCUUAACUACAUUAUGGUCAUGUGUCGUGACAAGUCGGGUAUGAUGAUGAAAGUCGCGCAGGAAGCGUUCGAUCCCACUCAAGCGCGCGCAGGUGACGGUGGUCAAUACGUGGUCCAUAUGCAAAAGAUCGUGGAGUUUUUGCAGCAGGCCACGACUCAUGCGUACGUUCAGGAAAAGUAUGGCGUUGCCAGCGCUCGUAUCGUGCGCUUACUAAUGGAGCAGCGCCAAUUAGAACAAAAGACAAUCGGUGAGCUGGCGCUGCUGCCGUCUAAUGACGCACGGCAUCGGUUGUACGAGCUGUAUACCGACAAACUGUUGAAAAUGCAGGAAAUUUCGAAGCGUGCAGACCACAACCCGGCGUUUACAUUCUUCUGUUGGUCCGUUGACGUACCGCAGAUGCAGGCGCGUAUAACGGAGCGCGUUCAAGACUCGUUGUGUCGUCUUCGUCGUCGGCGUAAGUUUGAAGCCGAUGAAAACAAAGAACUCAUUGCGCGAUCAGAACAAUUGGUUGAAGCCAACGAUCUCGACAAAUUCGACAAGCUCAGCCGCUCACUAGACCGUCUCGAUCGUGGCAUUAUUCACUUAGACGGUAUGCUUAUGCUAUACCGUGACUUCUAG